UCCGCUCUUGUCUAGACUCCGCAGUCACGUCCAGCGACACAUCCGGGCCUCUUUCUCAGAGCUCUCCAGAAAGUUCUGAGCUGUGGAUCCUAUAUAAGAGCCAGACACCUUUCGUCCUCGACCGCUGAGUAACUUCAGUGAAAGCCAGCACAUCGGUAAUAUCUGACAAGGAAAUUUUAGGUUGUCAACAUGGUUCACGAAACCGGCUACUACGACCUCUUGGGUGUCAGCCCCAAAGCCUCAGUGGAUGAAAUAAAAAAAGCCUACAGAAAACUUGCACUGAAAUAUCACCCGGACAAGAACCCCAGUGAAGGCGAUAAGUUCAAGCUUAUAUCUCAUGCAUAUGAGGUGCUGUCAGAUCCAAAGAAGAGAGACCUGUAUGACCAAGGAGGGGAGCAAGCAAUCAAAGAGGGAGGCAUGAGUGGAGCAGCUUCCCCUAUGGACAUUUUUGACAUGUUCUUUGGAGGUGGGGGAAGGAUGCAGAGAGAGAGAAAAGGGAAGAAUGUUGUCCACCAGCUUAGUGUUUCACUGGAGGAGAUGUACAAUGGCACCACCAGGAAGCUUGGACUGCAGAAAAAUGUCAUUUGUGAAAAAUGUGAAGGUUAUGGUGGUAAGAAAGGUGCACUGGAGAAGUGCUCAAAUUGCAAAGGAAGAGGAGUACAAGUGAGGGUGCAACAGAUUGGGCCAGGCAUGAUCCAGCAGAUCCAAAGCAUGUGUCCAGAUUGCCAGGGACAGGGCGAGAAAUUCAACUCCAAAGAUCGAUGCAAGAACUGCAAUGGACACAAAGUUGAACGCAAGAAGAAAAUUCUUGAAGUUCACAUUGACAAAGGUAUGAAAGAUGGUCAGAAAAUUAUGUUCCAUGGAGAAGGUGACCAGGAGCCUGGACUGGAGCCCGGGGAUGUAAUCAUUGUGCUGGAUCAGAAAGACCACCCUGUUUUCCAGAGGCAUGAGGAUAAUUUAAUGAUGAAGAUGAACAUCAAACUUGUGGAGGCCCUGUGUGGUUUCAGGCGGACAGUUCAAACACUAGACAACAGAACACUCAUCAUCAGCACUCAGCCAGGUGAAGUAAUCAAUCAUAGUGACAUAAAAUGUGUUCAAAAUGAGGGCAUGCCACUUUACAGGGAACCUUAUGAAAAGGGACAGCUUAUUAUUCAAUUCCAGGUGGAAUUCCCAGAGAAAGGCUGGCUCCCAGAGCAUCUGUUGUUCCAGCUAGAAAGACUGCUUCCACCUAGAGAGGAUGUGAUGAUUACUGAUGACAUGGAGGAGGUGGAGCUCUGUGAGGUAGAUGUGCAGUCACAGCAGAAAAGCUAUCGUGGUGAAGCUUAUCAGGAAGAUGAGGAGCAGGGUCCCAGGGGCGGAGUGCAAUGUCACACACAGUGAUUGUAAUCUCUGAUACAAAUGCUACUGUAUGUGGUAGAGAUUUUUUUUUUUCUGAAGCACAAAAUAUUACCUAUGCCUAUAAAUCUGCAAAUUAGUACCAUUAAGUCUUUUUCUUUUUUUUUUUUUUUUUAACUGUUGCCAGUGGUAGUUCUUUGACUUCAUCACUGAUACAAGUUGAGUACACGUUUCACUUUUAUUUGGACUCCAGAAGUUAUUGAAACUAUAUUUUUGUGUUACUGUUGCAUGUUCUAUUUAAAAUCAGUUUCUUUUGUAUAUAUUUCCCAAUAAAUUAAUGGUACAUCUUUUUUUUUCUCCACACAAGCUCAAAGGACAAAAUGUAUGCUUUCUGUGAAGGUACUUUUAAGUCAUGACAAA